CUUUGCACUAGCUCCGCCCCUUCCUCCAGAAAUCCCGCCCCUCCGCCAGCGGCCGGGAGGGUGUUAGGGGGCGUUUCUCCGGGAAGAAAGCUGUGAGCUGCGACGCUGAGGAAGGGGACCCCAAAACGUCUGGCACUGCCCCCUCCAGGGAUCACUUUGGACCGCCUCACUCGUCCCAGCGGGGUUCAGAAACGCCGAGGGGUCAACCUGAUGGGUUUCGGGGUCAACGGAAGAGGGGAAGGGGAGCCCUGGCGGGGAGAACCCCCCGGCCCCCCGCCCAGCAGCUGAGGCAUAGGAGGGCGGCCAUCUUGGCCGGGUGGGUAGGGCUGGGGAGCUACGGGCGCCGUGUGAUUGGGGGGCUCGCCCGGAAGUGACGCCGACUACCCGGAAGCGGAGGGGGUUCCCCGGCCCACUCCCCCCUCGUUCGUUAGCUCCCCCGCUUCCUCCCCGCCCCCCUUCCUCUCCAUUCGUUUCUCCCCCCCUCCCCGUUCCCUGCCUUCUUUUCCCCCCACCCGUCCCUCCCCCCCCCAACCUCCGGAGCUGGGAAGAGAGUCAAGAUGGCGGCGAAAUCCGAUGGCGGUGGCGUGGGGGUGGGCUUCGCCCAGCUGCACAACCUGGACGAGGCGGUGGGCAGCGGCGGCGAGGAGGACGGGGAGCCCGGGGGAGGCGGCUGCGGCGGCGGCGGCGGCGGGGACGGCAGCGAGCCCGGCGAGAGCAGCUCGCUGCACAUCUGCCACUGCUGCAACACCUCCUCGUGCUACUGGGGCUGCCGCUCCGCCUGCCUGCGCUCCCUCCUGGGCAAGAAGCCGCGCCGCAACGCCGCCGCCGCCGCCGACGGGGGGGACCAGCCGCUGCAGCCGCCCGGGGCCGCCGGCGCCGACCGCCACCCCCCGACGCCCUCGGCCGCGCGGCCGCCGCCGCCGCAGGUGGAGCGGCCGUGGCUCGACUGCCUGUGGAUCGUGCUGGCGCUGCUGGUCUUCUUCGGGGACGUGGGCACCGACCUGUGGCUGGCCCUCGACUACUACCGCAAGGGGGACUACACCUACUUCGGGCUGACCCUCUUCUUCGUGCUGGUGCCGUCGCUGCUGGUGCAGAGCCUGAGCUUCCGCUGGUUCGUGCAGGACUACACGGGCGGCGGGCUGGGCGCCGUGGAGGGGCUCAGCAGCCGGGGUCCCCCCAUGAUGGGGGCCGGCUACGGCCACGGCGCGGCCCGCGGCGGCCCGGGCGCGGGGGGCUCGGCCACGCCGGGGGCGCAGCGCCUCUGCCGCCUCUCCGUGUGGAUCUGGCAGUCGGUCAUCCACCUGCUGCAGAUGGGGCAGGUGUGGAGGUACAUCCGCACCAUGUACCUGGGGAUCCAGAGCCAACGGCAGAAGGAACACCAGCGACGCUUCUACUGGGCUAUGAUGUAUGAAUAUGCAGACGUCAACAUGCUGCGCCUCCUGGAGACCUUCCUGGAGAGCGCCCCCCAACUGGUGCUACAGCUCUGCAUAAUGAUCCAGAAGAACAGCGCCGAGACGCUGCCCUGUGUCUCCUCUGUGACUUCCCUGAUGUCCCUGGCUUGGGUGCUAGCCUCCUAUCACAAGCUGCUGCGGGACUCCAGGGACGACAAGAAGAGUAUGAGCUACAGAGGGGCCCUCAUCCACCUCUUCUGGCGCCUCUUCACCAUCUCAUCCAGAGUUAUUUCUUUUGCCCUCUUUGCUUCCAUCUUCCAGCUCUACUUCGGGAUCUUCGUGGUCGUUCACUGGUGCGCCAUGGCCUUCUGGAUCAUCCAUGGCGGAACAGACUUCUGCAUGUCCAAGUGGGAGGAGAUCCUCUUCAACAUGGUGGUAGGGAUUGUGUACAUUUUCUGCUGGUUUAACGUCAAGGAAGGGCGGACUCGAUAUCGAAUGUUUGCAUAUUACACGAUAGUGUUGACCGAGAAUGCUGCCUUGACGUUCCUUUGGUAUUUUUACAGAAACCCGGAGACCACUGACUCCUAUGCGGUGCCAGCACUGUGUUGUGUCUUUAUUAGCUUCGUGGCUGGGAUCGCACUGAUGCUCUUAUAUUACGGUGUGCUGCAUCCCAUGGGGCCACGAGCUAAGAUCUUUGCCAGCUCCUGUUGUGCCGAGCUGCUCUGGGGCAUCCCUCUGCCCCCCGAUGUUGAGCCCAUGGCGCCUCAGACCCCUGGGUACCGGGGGACCCAGGUCACGCCUACCAGAGCCGUGACGGAACAACAGGAGGAUCUCACGGCUGACACUUGCUUGCCCGUUUUCCAAGUGAGACCCAUGGGGCCCUCCACCCCGUCGGGGCGUCCUUACCACCCAGAAGGGCCCCUCAUUAAGAUUGACAUGCCAAGGAAGAGAUACCCAGCUUGGGAUGCCCAUUUUGUAGACAGGAGAUUGAGAAGGACUAUUAACAUUCUGCAGUAUGUCACCCCCACCGCGGUAGGCAUUCGGUAUCGAGAUGGACCGCUCCUUUAUGAGUUGCUACAGUAUGAGUCUUCACUCUGAGAGCGUCUUGACCCAAGUUGAGAAGGGGACCUUAAGUUGGUUUGCGGUUAACACCGCUCGCAAGAAAAUAUGACCCUCCCUUCUCCCAAUUCACAAAAUCACAACCACCACCACCAUCACCACCUCCACCACCACUGCUACAAAAAAGAAAAUAAUACGUUACAACCCCUUCAGAUAAGCUUUCUUUCCAGUCGCUGUAUGUAUACAAAGAUAUUCUCUAUGUUUUGUAAGUAAAAACAAAAAGAAGAUCUUUCUUUUGUUUUUUUACACAUAAGAAACAGUAUUGAAAAUCCCACACUAUUGUUCAUAGGGUGGAGAAGGAGGAGCUGUCUCCACUCCAAAAGAAAAAAAAAGUGUUUUAUACCUUACACCAAGUGUAGAUCAUUUAUGGGAUUGGUGCUGAUUGAAAGAACAAAACAAAACAAAACAAACACAAACAAACAAACCUUCAACUGCCUUAUGCCCUUAGGUGCUGAGUUUCAUUAAGUACUGUCACGUUUUUUCUCAUGAAAAAACUCUCUGGUGGUUUUGGCACCAAGAGAGGGGAAAUUAAACAAUUGAAACAAAUCUAGAAACAAAACGAAAACCAACCAAUAAAUAAAACACUGACUAUUUAUAAUGAAGAAAACAAAUUCACCAAAAGCAAAGGCAUAGAAACCCCAAUCUUUGUUCUGUUUCACUCUUUGCUUUUCCGUCCCUGUCCCCAACUUAAUAGCGCCUUCUAGGAGUCAAAUGGCCAUUUGGAACUCAAAUGGCUCGGAAAGCUCCUUGAAGGCUGACCUUGUGCCAUUUAGCAUUCACCUAGUUCGGAUCACAUUUGUUUCCUGGUGAAAAGCAAAACAGAAUAAAACAAACAAACAACCCCCCCUCCCCUCGUAAUUCAAUGAAAACAGGAAAUUCUAAAGCAAAUUAAAGAUUCCCAUCUAUUUAAUCAAUGAAAAUCAGUAAUAAUAAAACUCAGCAUAGUAGCAAAAAGAACAACAUCAAUUUAAAGGCACAAUACUUAAUCAGCGACUGGCAAAAACGAUUUUGGUCUGUCCUUUUAAGGCCGUGAAAGGUAUACAUUUACCACACGUGAUAUUGUGUAAGGCCUCUUCUGUUUCCAUUUGGUGGGAAGCCUUAAAUUGAUCUGGAAAGAAUUCUUCAUUUAUCAUUUGUGCUUUUUAAAAAUAUUAACACAGAGGAAAAUUAGAUGUCAAAUUGAAUAACUGACCCAUUUCAAAGACUGUUUGGUGCUUCUGUCUUUCACCAUUGUGGUUGGCUGAAACUCAUUCAGCUCACUUGGUGCAUCUGGGGUGAGUGGGAAAUUGUGUGUGUGUGUGUGUGUGUGUGUGUGUGUGUGUGUCCAUAGCACACGUAUAUUUGUGUGUAUGUGUCUGCUGCAAGGUCUUGCCAGAAAUGUGGGAAACUGCUCUAAAGGCAGACUCUGGGUAUGCUAAGGUGGAGUGUAAGAGGGCUGGGGAGGGGGGAGCAGGACGGAGGGGGUGGUGCUGGAAUACAAGCCCCUGUUUGGUGGCGAGACUCACACCAGCCGCAUAUUCUGGGUCUUAGAGGCUGUGUCAUUUGGGUGCAGAUUUGAUUAUUUUUCUCAUUGUACCAAAUUGAAUUUUAAGAGAUGUUGCAAUAUGUUCAACCAUUUCUUAAAUGUUAUUUUUCAAAGUAUUGGUCCUGUAAGGAAUAUUCUGUUGUAGGACAUCGUUUCAAUCCCAUUGUAUCUCUACUUGGGCACCAAAAAAAGAAAAAAAGAAAAAAAAAGGAAAAGAAAAAAAUCACAAAAAACAAAAAAAUCUCUACAAAAAAGAUAUAUAUAUAAAUAAAUAAAUAUAUAUAUAUAUAUAUACACACACACACACACACACUAUUUUUUAGCAAAUACUCUUAGUCUUUGUUGUGUGUAGCUGCGAUUUUUUUUUUAAUUUCCAGAUAUAACUGUUUAGGGUGCAAGACCUCACAUUGAACUAUUCUUAAGAGAAGUUCAAGCUCUGAGGAAUUGUUUGUUUGUUUGUUUUUAUGUUGAUGGGUUUUUAAAAAAAGAAAUUAUUAUUCAAAGAGUUUUCUCCUUAUCUUCUUCACUGUUUAUCUAAAGAUUUAAAAAAAAAAUAAGUUUUAAAUUUUAGUUAGCUGUAAAUCUGGAUGUUCUUUUCUUUGUCCAGAUCCCUUUGAUUUCCUUUAUUGGUACUAAACUUUGCAGUGCUGUCCUGUCUCCCUCCCUGACUCGGUUGCCCCUGGGGCACUCCCCCUGUGGGAAGGAGGGGCAGGAGGAGAGGUGCAGAGAGCCUGUGGGCCCAGGGCCCACCCACUAGGAAGCACGCUGCACAGAGCACACCAGGCCUUGUUGUAGAUGUGGGUCUGUCUGUGCCCACCCAAGGCACACGCCCUGGGCCACCCAGCAGUUAAUUGGGAGUUCCAAUCUGGCUGGAGGUGCUUUUCCUUUGCAUUCUGCUUUCCUAACUGAAGGCUUAGCUUGCCACUUACUCUGCUGAGGCUGGAGGAUGGGAGGCCAUGUGAGAGGAGCCAUCCGGGCUCGCUGGGUCCCAGCUCUUGUCUGCCUCAAUUCCGGGGCUCCUGUGCCGGGAGCCUUGGGGACGACCAUCGCUAGAGCAAUCCUUGGCGCUGUCCCCUGUGCAUCCCUUUGGGACUUGUGCCAUUUUGGCUUGUUGGUCUUUUCUUGGAUUUAUUUCCUUUCCUCUUUCUCUUUCAUUUCAACACAUUGCAGCUCUAUUUUUCUACUGCACAUCCAGCGUGCGUGCAUGCGUGCGUGCGUGCGUGCGUGUGUGUUUAUGUUUACAUGCAAAUGAGAAAAUGGCUCACAUUCGUUGACCUGGAGCACCAAAAGUUGGGGUAAUAACUUCCAACUCAGGGAGGACUCUCUGGGGCUGUAGCCACUGGGAACAGAUGAGAAGAUGACAGGACCUUUCCCAAAUCCUUUCUUUCAACCUUUGUUGGACCGGCCUCUACAAGACUCAGGCAGGAAGGCACACUUGUCCCAUGAAAUGUCAUUCCCCACCCCCUUCGUCAUGCCAGCUCCUUCCCUAAUGAUGCAAACAAAAAUAUGACUCUAGGAGCGGCAUCUGCGUUGCAAAGAACCAGAAGGAGGCAGAAAAGUCAGGAAAGAAAUAGAAAAGGCAGAAGGGAGAGAGGGAGGGAAACAUGCAGAGAAUGGCCAGGUAGUUUGCAUCUGUCUUCUCAGUAUUGUCGACCCCUACCAAUCCCCAUGUCUUUAGCCACCAGGAAACUCUCUCCAUCAGUCUCAGCAUCACCUCCCCGAGUGUGCUUCCCCUAGUGUGUGUGUGGGGGGGACCUGGCCCCUGGGCGGCAGUGCGAGAAUCCACACUUUCCGUGCUCUGAGUUCACCUGGGAAGUGGGUCUUUCUACCAGAACACUUUGGUCUUGAGAAACCCAGCUCCUCCAGGCCACUCUGCAGCAGGUGGCUCUUUGUCCCUAGAGAAAAGCGACACUGGGAAUCUGCCUUUAGUCUGCCACCUGCCUGAGCCCUGAUAAACCCCUUAUGGGUGAUGAGGUGCUGCUCAUAGAGCCCCAUCUACUACCUAGGGGGACGCCUAUGAUAUUCUUUUUUUUUUUUUAUCUUUAGACCUACUUUUUGCCCAGGAACUUCUGCUGAAAAUAAAUGAGCUCUCGAUAUUUGGUUCUGGUAGCAGAUAAGCAGAUAAGACUGUACUGGGAGCUACAGAAUAAACUAGGAAGCUAUGCCUCUUACUGCCACCCCAUCCCCCCGCCCCAGCAAAGAUAACCCCAACCACACAGAAGAUUUGAGUCUUAUCAGUCUCAGAAAUACAGUAGCACCGCUCACACCUGGCUGGUUUUGUAGCAUCCUUUCUGCAAGCUCUGUUUCUCCCUUGCUCAGUAAAUCAGUCUCUUCUUUGGACCUCGUGUCUCUUAAGACCAUGGUGAGGGAAGCGAAGAGGGUUCAGAUUCAUCACAUGAGCCCCCCACUGAGCUUACUUAUCCCAAGAGUUUCUUGUAUCUGAAAUAUACUCCUUUGCUGUCUCCAGAAGGUUCACCUUGCUCUCCACAGAAGCACCAGGGCUGCUGUGGGAACAGGCCCAUCUCUCUUGAUGGCACACACUGCCGAAAUGCCCCUUUUCAGUCACGGAAGAUAACAAUUCCUUGUGACCCCAGGGGCUCCUCCACACCUGCCAGCUCCCCCAAGCUCAAUGUCUCGGAGUACAAAGUCACCCAGUACCCUAUGGCCCCAUGGCCUAACCUGUCCCCUCAGUAGCCAUGGCCCCUUUGAGUCUCAGGGUGGUUUCAAAGAGUGUAAACAUCUGUCUGGAUUGUGAUCAUGAAGGUGAGUCUUUUGGCCAUAUGGCAUCUCAUGUCACAGACAUCAGACCCUGUCCCAACAGGGGCCUUAUUCUCAGGGAGAAAAAUGUCUGUGUUUUUUUAAAAGCACCAAAAUGACAUCAUUUUCUCCCUUCUCCCUCUACUUUCACUCUCUCCCUCAUGGUCAUAGGGGCAGGAGAAGAUAUUUCUGAUGCUGAUCUUGUUGGAGAACCUCUAAGCAGGCAUGACUUCACUCCUAUGUAUCCAUGGAAACCCCCUGUGGCAUUUAAUUGCCUGAUAGAGGAAGCACACUCCCCCUUUUUCUCCUCUGCUCCCUGCUCCUGGAGUGGGGGCUCUAAAACGAGCCCCAAGCCCUGGUGCUCCAGCCCUAGCAAAUUGUUCCUCUUUCCAUUACCCAGAAACAGAUGUAAGAGGAGGACAGCAGGGGCAGGCCCAGAGCCUUUGGGCUGGAGGAAGAGUAUCAGGCCCUAAAAGAGGACAGGGAGGGGCCGUUCAUGCCCUUCUGCUCCUGGCUCUCUCUAAUGGGAUAGACACACACCGUGGCAUUUCCUUUGCCGAAGAGAGUGGCUCCUUACUGAAAGUGAGCCCUCUCAGGCCUCUUCGGUGUGUGAUGGUAGCAGCCCUGGGCCGUAGGUAGCUGUCACGAGGGGAGCAUACCUUAUAGACACUCGUUUGAUUUUCUUAUCAAGAAGCUAACAUUCGUUAUUUAUUUGCCAAACUGAAAAAAAAAAUAUAUAUAUAUAUACCUAUUAAAAUAACACUACCAGAUUUGGUUGGGGGAGAGGAUUUAAAUAUGGAGAUUGUGAAGAGUUCACUGCCAUUCAUUUCACCUGGAUUCAAGUGAGAUUCCCAGGGUAGCCUAGAAAGCUGCCGGGAAGAUCUUGAUGAGUAGGAGGGAGACCAGGAAAAGUUCCUGCGGGAGAGGCUUGAUCAGCCUUCCUUUCGUUCUCAAACAUUUCCUGACGGCCACAGUCUCUCAGGCAGCCCUCUGCGAGAAGCACACUCCGCUACCCUAUAGGCAGUGAAUUUAAACCAGCAUCAGCUCCUCUUCUUUAGGUCCAGGUGUGAAUGAAAGGAAGAAAAGGGGAAAUCUUUCAGGGUUAGUCAUCUGAGUCAUUAUCUCCUCAUCUGUAACGGACCCCUCAGAGCAGCAGCACUCGCUCCCAUGCACAGCACAACGUGGCAAUGGCCGUGGUUAGCCUAUCACAGGCUACAAGAGCCCUAAGCUUGUAAGAGGACUGUCCCCAGAGCAUCCUAAAUCAAUGUGUGCCUGUCCCACUUUCAAAACUUGUGAAAAGGCAACGCCACCCUCUCGGAGAUUAUUUUUUUUCUGAAGCUCCUUGCUGGGGAAAAAAAAUGAUGCGUACUCUAAAUUCCUGCACGGGCAACAUAAGCCUCAUUCUCACCCAUCCUUAGCUAUCUGAAAGGUUUUCUUUCUUGCUUAAAACACUGCAUCUGUGCUAUUGGCCAAAUAUCAAAAGACAAGGGCACUGCCUUGAUCUGCCUGCAGCUUUAUUCCCCUGCCUGCCCGGUCUGUCUGUCUUACGUGACUCUCCCGGGCACCAUCUGCUUCUUCCCUCCUCCUGGGAAGGAGCUGUGCCUUCUUGCUCCCUGUACCUUUCCUUGCACUGGCUGGCAGGAAGUGGCUGAGAUGUGCUGGAGCCAAAGGCUGGGAAUGCUAUUAAUGGCAGCUCCUGAGGGCAGCAGACGGACAACCAUAGGUGUUCCCUCUACACACGGCCAACACCUUGUGUCAAGGGCUAAGAAUAGACCAAAUCGGAAAUGAGCAGGCAGGACCUCAGGGACGCCUGCCCUGGCCUGCCCCAUCCCAUGCAGGACAAUAUGCAAGCCUCCAUAGGAGAUGCCUGCCCUUGCCAAUCCCUAAUUCGAAUCAUGAGGAGACCCCACACCAGAAACUGAAGUCAAUCAGCUUAUCCUGGCUCAUCCCGGAAGGACUACUCCUAAAAUGUACCCUCAAACCAAGGAGGACAAAGGAAUCAUUUGCCUUGGGUAGAGUGCUAAUGGCUAACCCAGAAAACAUCCCUCUAGAAGCAGCCUUCCACCGUGUGUCAUGGGGGAUACAGACAACUGGUCGCCUAGGAGAUGACCUCCCUUGGUGUGUUUUUCUAUCCUCAACGUAGCUCUGAGGUACUCAGGCUAGAGUGGGGCUAGAAGGUUUGUUUUAGCUGUAAACUUCCCAGAGGCUCUUCUUCAGGUCCAGAAAGAUCAGGAAAUAGCACAGGCUGAUUCAGAGUCCCCCACUGUGAUCAUGGAUUCUUCACCUCUUGGUGCCUUGGUUUCUCCAUCUGUAAAGUGGAGAGGAAGAAGGCCAACCUCUUCUUUCUCUCCUGCUCAGGGAUGCUGUGAGGAAUCAGUCAUUAUUGCUUGCAGUGAAGGCAUCAUGUAAGGAAGGGUGGUGGUCUCGUUACUUGGGAAGUAGGACCAUAGAAGGAUAGGGUGUUCUCCAGAUGCCACACCUGGAAGCCCAGAGGGUGAGCAGUGGAGUUGGACAGGGAGAACGCUCACACACCCGUGGUUCUUAAAUAUUUCACAUCACUGUGAACCCAGUCAGUGGUACUCGCUCAGGCAACCGAAGGUCACCUAGCCCACGCCGGUCACUUGUAACUCUAAAACCAAAUGUCCCGAUGUUGAUUUUUUCCUAAAGUAUCACAGAAUAUAUGGAAGGACCCAUUUGAAAACUGGUAUUUGCUGAGCUUUGGGCAGACAAGAGAAUGGGUGAACAGGGAGUAUUUGGAGAUGGUUUUUAAGGUGGUUGAAAGCCCUUCAGGAAAUAUCUCUUACUUUUGUUCUUCCUCACAAUGUUUUUUCAACCUUGAGGCUCACCUCACUCGAAUGGACUCUCCUUCUCUUUGCCUCUCUGCAGAGUACAGAAACAAAACUGUUGUGUGUGUUUUUUUUAAAUAAAACAAAAAAGUCUCAUCAGCCAAACUGUGGGUCCCAAUGGUGGGUCUUAAUCAUUCCCUGGUGUGCUUUGAGUGGAGCCUGCAGGCAAAGGUUCAGAGACAAACAGGGGCUGGGAACAUCACCAAGGGGUUUUCUUUCAAUUGGGGUAUUUUUUCCUCAUCAUUUGGAUUGGGAACAUUUAGUUGAGUUUCUUUUUCCUUUUUUUUUUUUUUUUUUUAAUUUUUCCUGUGGUUUGACUAUUUUCAAAUUAAUUACCAAGAUACCCUUUGAGGAGGAAAACAGACCCAUCCUAAGAAGCUUUGUGUUCUUCUUAGGCCCUACACCAGAGUGAGGGCAGGUGGGAGCCAUGAAGGGCGCUGGUGCUCCGGAAGGGCCAGCUGCAGCACUGGUUUUCCAUUGGCUUUGAGAAACCUUCUUGGAAGGGAAAAUUCUAAAAGCUUCAAAUCUGGCUCUGAGCUCUGACCCUUUCCUUGGGGUUCAGGUGUAUUCCAAUGUAAAAAUCACACACACACACACACACACACACACACACACACUCACGUCUAUCCUAAGACUGUCCCAAAGGAACAGGCAACUCACCCAGGUAGGUCCUAGUUGUUGCUACAAAUCCUUGAGCUCCUUGACUAUGAGGCCCUGACAAGAGCUCCUUUCCCACCUGCUCUGACUCUGUUUGCCAAGAUUAAUUACUGUUUUGACAGCACAAGGGACCAGAUAUAGUAUGGAACUCAAUAAGACUUCUGUUUGAUCUUGUAUCUCUGAUUGUCCUGUGGAUAGGCCAGAUCCUGCUUGGCUUAUUUAUUUUCACUAGGUGUUUCUGAUGGUAACCAGAAGGAAGAAAUAAAUGAGACCUCAGACUUGGCUCUCCGUUCUCACCGGCACCUCUUUUUUGACUGGGAUGGAUGGUGAAUGAACUGUACAGCAUUUAUGACCAAGAAGAUGGACAUGUGAAGCCACCAAGGACAAAAGGACUCAGUAGAUGGGUAGGAAGAAUGAUAAAGAAGAGGAGGGCUUCCAGGAGUAUGUGGGGGCAAGCAUAUGUGAAACAUCUAAUCAUUGCUUCCUACACUCUCUGGGGCAGAAAUAGCAAAGCAUAUUCUUUGCAAACAGAGGAAAUGGAUUUUACUGAGUGACCAAUUUAAGCAUUAUUGUUUUACUAAAGGUCAUGAGGAAGCAUCUAAUGCAAGGAAAGGCACGCUCUCAUGAAGUGGUCAUGUUUUUGGAAGUGAUGAAUUCAGGCCUCUAUCUUUCUGCAGAUCGAAGUCAAGUCACACUCUUGGGACCAGUUUAUUUUUCUGUAUAGAAGGAAAGAAUGAGUAUUGCUUACUUACCUCACAGGGGUGUUGUGAGGAUGAGGUGGUGACUGUCUGAAAAAGUACUUUGAGGGUAAAAGUAUAUGGUUAUCAAGUUUGCUUCCUAUUUAACAUCCUUUUAAGCAUUAGCUGAGCACCUGCUGUGUGCAAAGCACUAGGUGCUGUGGGGAAGGGGAUGGUGAUCUAAUUCCUCUUCUCUUUUUUAAUUAAUGAAUAUUUUUAAAUGACUACAAGAGGACAGAAAAACAGCUAUAUUAAUGUGGGUCAAGAAAUAUGUUCUCUGCCCCAGAAAGAUAUUCUCUAUCUUCCUUUCCAUAUAUUGGGCA